AUGCCAGCCAGACCCUUUGCACACGCGAGCAGAUCCACUGACUUGGAUGGAAACGAGACGGCGUCACGGCACCGUUCAGACAAGCAAGGGCGGCAGAACACAGUCAGGUCCCCUCUGGGGUGUGUGGUGGCCCAACAUCCUUUUUUUGACCCAGGGGACCCCAAGGUGCCGGUGCUGUACAAGGUGGAGCGGACCCAUACAGGGAAGAGCUUCUCUGUUCGUUCCGUAAAGGCCAUCCAGCACGGAAAGCCGAUCUUCACCUGCCAAGCCUCCUUCCAGCUCUCCCAGGGGAGCCCAGUGCAGCACCAGUUCACCAUGCCUACCGUGCCGCUCCCCGAGGAGCUGCUGACGCAAGAGGAGCUCAUCCAGAAGUUCCUGCAGAAUCCUAACUUGGCAGAGAGAUACAGAAAGCAUCUCAACAAGAUUGAAGCCGAAGAUGUGCCGAUUGACAUCAAACCCGUCAACCCGCCAGAUGUAUUCCGCUCAGAGCCGCAGGAGCCGAAGCAGCUCUUCUGGGUGCGAGCACGAGGCUACAUAGGAGAGACGGACAUGAAGGUGCACUGCUGCGUGGCCGCUUACAUCUCCGACUACGCCUUCCUGGGCACGGCCCUGCUCCCGCACCAGCAGUACCGUGUCAAGUUCAUGGUGUCCCUUGACCAUUCCAUGUGGUUCCACGCGCCCUUCCGAGCGGACCACUGGAUGCUGUACGAGUGCGAGAGCCCCUGGGCUGGUGGGUGCCGGGGACUGGUGCAGGGACGGCUGUGGCGCAGGGACGGGGUCCUGGCUGUCACCUGCGCCCAGGAAGGAGUCAUCAGGGUGGAGCAAACGCCAAACCAGAGCAAGCUCUAGCUGAGGAACCCCCGCGGGCUGGGGCUCACCGAGGGAGGGACCCCGGGACCAAAACAGAUGCAGGCAAGGCAGGACCUGGGCAGGAGCAGGAAGGAGCCUCAAAGGAGACCAGGCUGGAUCCAGCACCGUGGGGAGUGCUGGUGCCAGGGACCCUCUGCGGUGGAUGGGGACUGGCAGAGGAAUCUGCUGUGAUCGACACGCUGCACAGCAUGUAGCUGCGCACUACCAUCGGCCACCCGUCACCUGCCUUGAAUAAAGCUGUCAGCUGGGCUCCGACCCCUGGAGUUUGUCCCCUUGACCCCGUGACUGUGCUCGCCCGAGGGAGCCGCUCCUGGCAGGGGGAGGGCGGGCAGCGCUGGGGCCGGCUCUGCCCCCUGCAGCAGGCUGGGUCACAGAAAGGGAAAGUGCUACUGCGGCACAUGCAGCUUCCCCUUCUCACUUCUCCUGCCCCAGCACUCACGUCAGUCGCUGCUUCUGCUUGCCCUCGCUCUCCCCCCUCGGGAGGGGGCCCAGCCGCUGGGAGCCGGGGAAGGGGGACA